UAUUCAAUGCUUUAAUUCGUCGGUCUGCUCCAUAUUUAGAAUUACUUUGUAUUGAAAGAGGAAUUAAAGUUUCAACACGUUUAGGCCGUUAUUUUCAUUAUUUGACGCCUUCUCUUCAACAUUUUUCUAUGGAGGAACCGAUUGAUGUUUGGCAUUUAAAUCAAAUUGAGGAGUUUUUAGCUCCUAAUCUUUUAUCGUUGGGUUUAGUUCUUAAUAAAAAAGUAAAUUUUCUAAAAAUUAUUUUACUCCAAAAAUUUUUUUAUUCUCUUAAAAACAGAAAAAAACUCUCGAUGCGUUUUUGUCGCUAA